AUGCCCGCCAUACGCGAGCACGACUACGACAGGGACUCCGUGUCCAUUGCCAUUGCCGCCGCGGACAUGUCCAUCCGCGAUCGCUCUCCCAUGUUCGCCUUCGACGAUCCUGCCCACUUCGACUCCGACAACAUGAUCUUCGACUUCGACGACGUGCGCGCGUACGAACCAAAGUCGCCCUUCGUCUGGGACCCGGCCAACGACUUCACCAUGUCGUCCUCCGUGCCGUUCCCUGGCUCCCCCGACUCUACAUCCAGUCAAUUAGACCCCCUGGCGCCCUAUUUGCCUCCGGCUGAUCGACGAUUUGGUCCCGAGGCGCUCGGUGGUCAGACGGACGCGACCUCCUCAACGCCUGACUUCAAUGAGAGCGCGCUCUACGCGAACUGGCUCGCCGACCCCGACCCACACGCGUACCACUCGUCGGCGGUUCCGAUCCCGAUCCCGAUCCCGAGUCACCACGCGCUCUCGUCGCCCCCUGUGCACUCACCAUAUGCCGCGUACAGCGACAGUUCCUCCGUCUUCCCAGACGUGUCGGUGUUCUCACCGCAGACCGCCUACGCCGCUCUACAGCCACUGCCGCGGUCAUACACGCCCGAAGACACCAUCAUGACGGACGCCCUCCGGAGCGACGCGCACGCCCCGAUGACCCCGCCAGAGGCAUUCAAGCCCGCGUGGGCGAUGCAGCUGUGGGACUCGCCCGGCGCGCAGUCCGCUGCGCUCUCUCCACUCGCGGCUGUGCCCUUCCCACCUUUUCCCGACGACGCUUACGCGACACAGCGGCAACGGGUCAGUUCGCGCCGUGGGAUCACACCCGUCACGCAGCUGUUCCAAUCGUCGUCCGCUCCCUCGGUAUCUCACGCCCGCCCGCCGCCUCUUUCCCGCGGGUACAGCCGCCGCGCGGAUUCGAUCAGCGAACACGACGACGCCACCAUCCGGAAGAAGAAGCGUGCUGGCUCUGAGGAAGACACUCUCCCGGUGGAGAAACGAGCGGAGACCCCACCGCUCAAGUCGACACUUCGGCCCCCUAAGCUCGCGCCUUCUGCUUGGCAGCUGUAUUUCACCGAUUGGAUUGCGCGUCACCAGGCAUCCAGCUCGAAGAAGCUGAACGUCGCGCAAGCGGCCAAGGAGGCUGGGCAAGAGUACGCCAAGCUGAGCGAUGCUGAGAAAGAGCCGUACAAGCGCCGAUCUCAGGAGGCGAAGGAUAUCCGCGAGCGCGAGCUUGCUGCAUACAUGAAGACGCUCACGCCCGAGGACAUCAAACGCGAGAACGCGUACCGGACCGCGCAGCGUCGGGCGGGCAAGUCACGUAAGGGCAAUAUCAAGGACCCGAACGCACCGAAGAAGCCGCUGAGCGCGUAUUUCAUGUUCUUGCAGCGGAUUCGGUCGGAUCCCGAAUUGGUUAAGGAGGUUUUUGGUGAUGAAACCGAGACGACAAAGCAGAGCGUCCUGGCCGCAGGAAAGUGGCGCUCAAUGACCGAUGAGGAACGAAAGCCGUUCCUCGCGCAAGCCGAGCAGGAGAAGCUGGAAUACGAAUCCGCCAGAAAGCUUUACGAGGAGGGCACAAUCGGGUACGGAACAAGUAUCAACUUCAGUAUCCUGCCCAGUAGCUCUAUCAAUGCGAUGCCGUUCCCGAGAAGCGCGUUGCGACAGCCGAAGCAGGAACCCCUCAGCUCGGAGAGUGAAAGCGACGGCUUCACUACGGACGAUGGCCCCGAUCUGCCGACGCGUCGCUCAUGA